AUGCUCAACGCUGUCCUCCUCGUCACAAGCUUUGCGACUCUGGCCCUGGGUCAGACGGUUCCCUUCGUGGAUCCUCGCUUGAACGGCGGUUCAAUGUUGACCCUCCAAAACGAACCUCUGAAUAUCAUUGUCUCCGCCGCCAGCAGCCCGGACGCGCUUAGUCCUCGCGGAAUCCUCAACUUCGGAAACGCGCUGGGCUAUGGGGACGACUGCCUGCAUAUUCAUCUCGGGGGGCCGCAAGCAGCCAAUCUGGGCGAUGGAAACAACUGGGUCAAUCAGACACAGAUUAUGCGCGAGGAUUUCGGGCUUGCACUGGGAACAUGCCUCGGCAAGUAUCGGUUUUCCCAAAUCCCUUCGCGAUGCUCAUCUUUCGCAGAGACGCUGGUUGGCGGGAACCACUAUCGCGCGUUCAUUCAAAACGGCACGGGGGCUGACACCGGGGCCCUGUUCUUGGCAGCAUCGAAAGAAGAACCAAUUGCACAAGGCCACAAUAUCAUCCCUGACGGGUACGACAUUGGCCGGGACGAAGUCGUUUCUGCAGCUACAGCCGGUGUGGUCUCGUUCGACGGGGUCCAGUACACCACGACCGCGGAAUACGUGACAGGCCUGCUUCCCGUCGGUGCUGCCGGGAUCAACCACAAUAUCUCAAUCGAUGGCCGGGUGGCUGUGAUGACGAUUGAAGCGAGCGUGAUUGGUUCUGAUUUGAACUGCAAAGGAUCAUCCCUGUGCUCGAUUCUCUCUGCCUCAGACUGCUCUGCCGCUCAAGCCAAAAUCAACAACUCGACAAUCUACCGCACAGAUGGAACCGCCGCUCUGACCGGAGUCUGCUCUGGCCACUGCGGCAUUUUCGUACAAGGAACGGACUGCAGAUAUUAUGGGGACACCAUGCUUCAAGCUGUCGCCGCGCUGCACGGAAACAGCUGCCAGAAAUGUGGCUCGAAACGAUUUGCAGAUGGCUGCGAAAUCACCAUCAACUACGUCUCGUCCUGUUGA